AUGCGUCUGCUGUGGUGUAUUUUCAUCGAAGAACCAGAGACAAGGAUCUGCGGUAUUCGAAUUCCAAACCGUCCUUUGGCGAUCGUUUGCGCCGUCAUGCAGUUUUCAGUUGCGCUAGCCUCUUUGUUCCAGGUGGGAUGUUCUGUUUCCACAUCUGAGCACACCUUAUUAAUUUAUUGUUUUCUUAAAAUUGGAAACUAUUUGAAAAUCAGCCUAGAGAUUUAUUUGGCUUAUGAUGUGAUCAUUUUCGACUUCGGACUGAUGCAUCGGGUGUUGGGCACGGACGAAUGCGUCGCCAAUUACCUAGAUGGUGGUUACAUGCGUUUUGGGUGGUGUAUCGAGCACACAUCAGCACUAUCACUUGCCAUCUUUUCCAUGGUCUGCAUGCAAAGACCGCUUUGGUUGCUCUGGCCAGCUCUACUAAUUCAGUCCUCAUACUCGCUGGGACUGUCAGUACUGACAAUGGCGACAUUACCUAAGUUUCUUGAGGCUGUCGGUGGCCGAGUCGACGUUGAAUUGACCUUAAUGUUGAGCGCCUAUAGUUUUGGAUUCACGUUCAACUGGAUGUUCACGUUCAUUCUCUGGCACCAUUACUGGCACCUUGAACGACUCGACGCUCCUCCGUCAGCGGCACGGCGUCGGUCGUACAAAGCUCCCGGAGUACUACGUGAGAACAACGUUUGA